UUGUGUGACAUUUGGCAUUUUUCAAAUCAUUUAUUUUGUUGUUUUUUAUUAAACCACGAUUUAAUUUAUAAUCGCGAUGACUUCUUUUCCUGAAGAUGACAAAUGCCCACAAGUUUGUACAGAUAUUGGCGCUUUCAAAAAAGCUGCGAAAUCUCCAGAGAAAGUCCAAGAAGAGAUAAAGGCAGCUGAACAAGCAGCAGCCUCUCCGCCAGCUGAAGGAACUGCUUCUCAUGCUCUUGAAGAGUCAUCGGGAUUGCAUAGGCCUUCCCCAUCGGGCGAAGAAUAUCUACCUAACUUGAAGCCUGGUCCUGAUGGAAAAGUAGAUUGGACGCCUCUCGGAGAAAUGACAGGUACCAGACCUGCUGUCAACAAAUACAGCCUAAGUAGAUAUUCCCUGAGUGAAUGGAGAAAACAUAACGAAGAAGUCCUGGACCCUGAAGUUAUUAAUGAAUCAAAUAUCUUAGAAUAUAACGCGAAGACGUCUAUGAUGCAAGCUUUUGGUAAUGUUGACAAACAACAGGGCGAAAAUUUCAAAAGGUUGAGGCAGAAAGCCAGAGACAUUUUCAGAUGGAAAGUAGAAGUUGAACGAGCAUGCAAAGCUAUUACUGAAGAGGUAGAGUUGCUCGAAAUAGAGAGGCAGCGCUUAAAAGGAGCUUCUAGAGUAUUAAUGUUACCCGAAUCGAUAUCUAAAGAAUGUCUAGACCUUCGUUCUAAUAGAUUUCAACCCGAUCUAGUAGCAGAUCUAGCCGAGCAAGAACUCAUAAAAGAAAUGAAUUUAGUGAGUGAAGUUAGAGCGACAUUAAAGAAUACUCUUGAUGAAAUCGAACAACAAAUGGCUAUAAAUAAAGCAGCAAAACAUAGAAUAGAAUACGAUUGGUGUGACAAAACUAUGGCGUACAAUACUGAGACUAUUAACUUGAGUCUCAAUACUAAAUCGAAUACAAUUAUGUUCAGACCGGGUUCUACUCGAUUCAGUGAAUAUUCGGCACCUUUAGAGUAUUGGGAGUUUUUCUGUAGGGAGAAUGUACAGAAUUGUGAAGCUGCUCGUCAAAAGUCUGCAGAUUUGCGGAGUAGCCUUAACGCGAUUUUAGUUAAUGGCGGCAGGAAAUUGCGCAAUCAGGCAGACAGGACCGACAUGGCCUUGGCAGAAACAGUCGCUAUAACCCAAGAGCUGAAUACGAAGCUAGAAGAGACAUUGAGAACUACUCUUCAGAGAAUAGCCGAUAUGGAAGGUUUGAUUGCUAAUUUGCAAGAGUCGAUAAAGAAAAUGGACGCUGCAAUGAAGCUGGCCCAAACUAGGCUGGAUAACAGAAACAAUUGGAGACCUCACGGCGAAGCGGUGCGAGAUCAGCCCCAUCUUGGUUUGAUAGAAGAGGUGAAGAAGAUUCACGAGACUGUAACGUCUCUACUGGGACAAUUAAAGAAUGCAGAGCGAGUAAGGAACGAUUUACUAAAAAAACGGAUUGUUUUGGAAAGGGAUAUAGCAUCGAAGAGAAAGACUUUGAACAUUGAUCGUGAUAGGUGCGGCAUGGUUCGCUCCCACUAUCCUUCCGCUUCGGAAUUGGCUGGAUAUUAAUCAUUACUGUUAUUUGUUAUUUAAAUACUCUUUGUAUUUUUUUGAAUUCUGUUAUUUGGCCUAAAAUAUAUUUGUUCACGCUGUAA